UCCCGGGGCUCUUUCGGCUCCGGGACCGGCCGCGGUGCGGCUCCUGAAGGCAGGGCUGUGGCGGCGUCCGCGCCCCUGGGCUGUCCCGCCACUGCAGGGGGUCGCUCUCCUCAGCGGGCGUCGGAGGGGUGGCUGGUUUUGGUACGACUUUAAAGGACUUGCGAUAAAACUGAGUAUUAUCAGCAGCGUAGUGGCAGCGUCAGUCCCGAGCUGAGGCGUCUCCUUCGUGUUUUUCCACUGAGGGAUUUUUGUUUGCUGGACACGUCUCCACAGCAGCAGCCUGUGUUGCCUUCACGUGUUGUGAGGUAGAAAUGGCUGCGGAAGAGAAGUGGAAAAGCUGGACUUCGAAACAGCAUAGCGGGGCUGAGCAGGCAGGCGAAAAGGAAUCGUGUGUGCUUCUGAGCCGGCAGCUGGGGGAACCAGGAAGAUUCACUUACGCAGCGCUUUGUGGGAUAUCCUUAGCGUGGCUGUUCCCCGAAAAAGAGCAAAGCUCCUUCAGGGUGGAAUUCAUAGAUGGUUUGGUGAAAUGGCUGGACCUGCCUGAUGCUGUCUUACCUGCCAUGACAGCAUUUGCCAGUGGCUUAGGAGGUGAGGGCACAGAAACUUUUGCCCAGCUUUUGCUGAAGGACCCCAUCUUGAAAGAUGAUCCUGUUGUCAUUAUCCAAGAUCUUUUGUCGUUCUCUCUUAGAGAUGGGUACUAUGAUGCUCGAGCAAGAGUGUUGAUCUGCCGCAUCAUCUGGCUGCUGAGAAUCCCCUUGGAGGAGCUGGAGGCCCUGGAGGAAUCGCUGCUUGAGAGCCUGAAGGAACAAAAAGAGGAAGAGUCAGAAACUGCAGAAGUUUCAAGAAAAAAGAAGGAAAGAAGAAAGAAGCUGAAGAGAUACCUGCUGAUCGGCUUGGCAACCGUCGGGGGUGGAACAGUGAUCGGCUUGACAGGGGGUCUUGCUGCCCCUCUGGUUGCUGCUGGAGCUGCUACUGUUAUUGGAAGUGCAGGGGCAGCUGCUUUAGGUUCAACUGCUGGAAUUGCUGUCAUGGCAUCCCUUUUUGGAGCCGCUGGAGCUGGCCUUACUGGAUACAAGAUGAAGAAGCGUGUGGGCGCCAUAGAAGAAUUUGAAUUCCUCCCACUUACUGAAGGAAAGCAGCUUCAUAUCACCAUAGCGAUUACUGGAUGGCUGUGCGCUGGCAAAUAUGGGAGCUUCACAGCACCGUGGAGCAGCCUGCUGCAGUCGAGUGAGCAGUAUUGUCUGGCCUGGGAAUCCAAGUACUUGAUGGAGCUUGGCAACGCCUUAGAUUCCCUGCUGAAUGGGUUUGUUAAUAUGAUGGCACAAGAAGCCCUAAAAUUUACUGUCUUGUCAGGUAUUGUCACGGCCUUGACUUGGCCAACUUCACUCUUGACUGUUGCCAGUGUCAUCGACAAUCCCUGGGGAGUGUGUCUCCAUCGGUCUGCUGAAGUAGGCAAACACCUAGCACAUAUACUGCUCAGUCGACAGCAGGGCAAGAGACCUGUCACACUGAUUGGCUUUAGUCUGGGUGCCAGAGUCAUUUAUUUCUGUCUGCAGGAGAUGGCUCAAGAAAAAGACUCCCAGGGGAUCAUUGAAGAUGUGGUCUUACUGGGAGCUCCAGUGGAAGGUGAAGCCAAGUACUGGAAAGCUCUCACAAAAGUGGUGUCGGGCAGGAUCAUAAAUGGUUACUGCAGGGGGGACUGGCUGCUGGGCUUUGUGUACAGAACCUCCUCCGUCCAGCUCAAUGUUGCCGGCCUCCAGCCAGUCGACUUAGACGACAGGAGGAUGGUAAACAUGGACCUCUCGUCUGUAGUCAAGGGCCACCUGGACUACAUGAAGCAAAUGGACACGAUCCUGAAAGCUGUGGGCAUUAAAACCAAGGAGUGUCGGCCGGAGGAGAAGGGCGGUGCCGGACUUUUCUGCCCUCUAGCCAAGAAAUCGCAGCAGGAAGCAGGCAGCGAGACUCAGGAAGAGGAAAACACUGUGCAAGAGGAGGAUGGAGCUGGCGGUGGCCACCGGGCCGGGGCACCCACGGCCAGCACCAGCCUGAAUUCCGGACACUUGAGCUCUGUGCCUACUGACACAAGUAGAGAUGGGGAGCUGGCAGCGGGCGCAGGCACAGACUGAACCUCUAGAGCUGGCGCAGACAUCACUCUCUCUCUCUCUCUCUCUCUCUCCUCCCAACCGAAUCUCCAGUCCUUCCUCUGCUCCCUGCAGGCCAGCUGCCUCAUGCAGUUUGUCCAGCGCCAGCUGCACAGAGGCAUCCCUCGGGCCCGUGCCCCCCAUGGCACGUGGAUGCUGUGUGCUCAGCACCAGCUGGGCUCCCUGUGCGGGCUGCGGGUGGCUGCGGGGCUGCUCUGGCUGGACGAGAGGGGCAGCAGAACCGUCAGCGAGCCCACGCGUUAGCUGGCCUGUGUGGAGGCGAAUUGGAGCUCUUUGUGAUGGGCAGCAUGUUCAGCCAGCACGAAAACCGCUCUGAAAGCACUGUCCGUUUCUUCCCGAAGGAGUAUCAGUAGCGCUGGCAGAACUGAAUCUGCACUUUUCAGACCCUUCUGAGGGCCCAGAGAGUGUCACUGGAUCAAAGCUUUUGGAGCAGCUGCCCACGACAUCUCCCGUAGAUGAGAAAGGGCUGAUUCCUGCCUGAAUCAUCGUUGCUCUUGAGGAAGCGGUGGCUUUCCCCUCCUUGCACAAACUGGUUUUAUUCUUGAGGGAAGCAGCUCUCCCCAUUAGGGGCUGUAUUUCUGGUACAUAACUCUGGGGAAAGCAGGUGGCUCUGCGGGUAUCUUGAAGCAUAUUGUGGAGAGGGGCUCCAAACUAGGACAUUAAAAAUAUUUUCCAGCAGUGGUUGAUUCGGAUUUUGGUUUCCAGGUGACCAGGUGUGCUGCAGGAUCGGGCUGCCCAGCUCUGCGUGUCUCAGCAUCCGCGCUUCAGCUCUGCUAACCAGGAAGGUGAAAGGCUGAGGGUACCUGGCUUCCUUCCCCGUCCUGCUGCAGGUUUGCUGCCAUGGCUUGGGCACUUUCCAAUCGACGGGAGUGUUUCCCUAUCUGCAAGCUGAGGGUGAUGAGUAUUUGAGGCCUCAUUACUAUUAGAAACAUGCUUUGAGUCCCUAGGUGAAAGACAGCAGGAGAAAGAGUGGGCUUUUAAUGCUUUAUUACUUUGUGAAACUUCAUCCCAGGCUUUGCAAGCCAGCAACCCACAGAGGCUUUUGUUUUGUGUCCCACACACAUCUCCAGCCUCAAAAGCCCCCUCUAGAUGUAUUUUUAAUUGGCUUAAAAUAAAACUAAUACUUGGCAUAGGAUAAACAUAAAUCUGUUUGAUUUCUGCCUCCUUCCAUAAAGCAAAUUGGCAUCCACCCUCUUCUCCCCCAGUCUCAGACCAGAGUGACGCAGCUUUAUAUCCCCUGCCAUGCACAGUUCCAAAACUAUGGGAUUGGUCUUCCAUCACAUCUUCCCUAAAAGGUCCUUUUCUGGCCUAUUUUGCUGCUCAGCCCAAGAAAAUGCAACCUAGCAGGAAUAUGGCACGAGGGUAAACCCCCUUCUGAGAACACCUUUGUUUUUUUCUAGGUUAAAACAAGUGCCGUUGUGUAUAAAUACUUCCCCACCUCCAGAUCUGGAAGGCCUCAUUGACUCACGGGAGGGGAAACAGUGCAAUCGCAGCUUCUGAUUUUGGUUCACAGAGCCCUCCCUCUCCCUGCUGCAGCAGCUGGUUUAAUACCAACCUCUCCUCUCUUUCCCGAGCUUUCCGCAACCCUUACCUUCAGGUUUCUCGGGCAGUUGACACGCAGCUGCUGCUGGGUGCGGCACGGCGGCAGCGCGACCUGGCAGUGCUUUGGGUCUGGUGCCUGGCUCUUCCUCUUCCCCAGUCCCGCCACCGAGGAGGGCUCAGAGCUUCCAGAUUCCGACGCACGAUGGGCACGUUGCUGGGCUGGGGCUGUUGGAGGCAAGUCUUGGGAUCCCUCAGGGACUGCCCGUCGCAGUCAGCUCUUUUGGUGUGGGCUGUAGGAAAGGGACACGAUUCCUCUACCGGAUCAGACGAUUUGUCCACAAGCAAACACCUUACUACAAAGAACUAGCUCGAUGAGAACGGUAUUGCUGCUUUUUAAAAUUUGGCUUGAAGAAGUUUUGAGAACACCAGAUGCAGCUGAAUUUGUCAUUGAGUGAAAUUCUGAACAACUUCUGCUCGUGGAGGAAAUGUGUCUGUGAACAGCUUUGUUACAGGGUGCUCCUGGGUGCUGGCAGCAAGCUCUUUUUGUUCAUCUCCUGAAGCCUGUGUCUGCUGAAUUCGUUACCUGAGGGACUGGGGAGUCCAUCGUGUCUUUUUCUACUCUGGUUUAACUGGAGUUACAGCCCACAUAUGUUUUUAUAUAAAACUAUUUGUGGACAGAUGAACACAUUCAUCUUCAUGCCUGAUACCAAAACCAAGCUAAAUAUCUGGCCACAGAUAUAGGGAGAAAACAUAUUAAAUAGUUUGAUACUUGAACCUGUGAUGAGUCCUCUGCCUGUCGUGGUCAUUUAUCGUUGACCACAGGGCCAGCCAUCGGUUGCAAGUGUGCUUGUAGCAAAUAAAUGUCAAGUGAGUUAUUGAA